UUUGUGAGCAUGCGUGGUGUAGGGAGCGCUGUCUCACGUGUGAGUAGGAGGGGAGUUAUCGCCGUGAAGUUUGGCUGCUUCUGAACUUGCAUGUGGGAAGAGCCUCGAUUUGGCCUGAGACGUCAUCGCCUUCCAUUCUCAUCCUUAGGCCAGCAACUGGUGCCCAGCUUCCCUGAAGGGAAAUCAGCAGAAGAGAUCAAGUGGUAGGCAGGACCACUGGCUGUUCUCAUCUGUUGUGGGACAUCUAGGCCUUUCCCAGCUCUACGUCUGUUACCAAAGCAACCAACUUCCGUUCUUCCUUGUAGCUGUCACCUGUGGAUGCCCCUGGCUGUAGUGUCCUGCUACUUCCAAGUCUCCAGAGUGAGAAAACAUACGUACUGCUGAUUAGUUGGUUUUCCUUGCUAGUAUGAUUGAAUCUGGAGAUGGCCAGGACUCCAAACUGUCUUCCUAUGAGAGAAUAGUUCUUAAGAAUGCUUCGGAAUACUACUAUCUGAAGAUCCAUUUGGAAUUCCAAGAAGUGGGCAUUAGCCUGAAUGCUGUCGAGUUCAAACAACUUAUCGUCUCUGCUCUAAAACUGUUGCAUGGUGAGGUCGGUGCGGCCCUGCCUGUGGAUGUGCUGUCGUAUGAAGAAAAAAACUUGUUCGCCAUACUUCGUGUCCCUAUUAUAGGCCUGGUAAAGCUGUGGAGUGCAUUGACCCUGUUUGAUUCGUACCAGAAUCGAAAGUGUGCUUUUAGGGUUACACAGACCUCUCCAUUCCUUCUAGCAUUAGCUGGGAACAGCAGAGAGCUUGUGCUGGAUUGAAUCCACAGGAAACGCAACUAACAAGAUUUGUGAAAAAGCCAAGCCACCCAAUAUGCUGAUCACCCUAUCUAGGUGCAGA